AUGGGGUUUGGGGACUAUAUGAUAAUAGUACUCUACUCACCUGUCUCCCCCACGGUGAGUGCGAACCCCGUAGGCGUGGAGGCAGAUGUAUGGAGUACCUACCUGCCUACAUACGCCAGAUCACCGUUUUCCAUGCACCUCCGAGUCGAUAGAGUACUUUGACAACCAUGUGGCUGUUGUGGAUAGCAUGUGGUGGUAGUGAUGGUGGCAAUGGUCGUGGUCGUGGUCGUGGCCACGGUAUUCGUGGUGGAGAUAUGUACCUACCACCCAGUACUUACUCACCUACUCGGACGGCCGUACGGAGACGGCAUUGUAUGUCGAGUACCGUAGCCACGAUACCUACCAUAGCUACAUCGUCGUGCCUGUCCGUCCAGAACGUUCUCAGUUCUCAGUUCGGCCAGCCCAUCAUCUCAUCUCCACACCCUUCCCUCCCUCCACACACCCACUCAUACACACCCACACACACAUCGUCUCUCCCGGGGGUAACCUCAUCCCCAUCAUCCACCUCUUCGCAUUCCCGCGCGCCCUUGCUUGCUUGCUCUUCUAAGACUCAGCUUCGCCCCUCCUCAGACAAAUAUCGUACUCAUCUUCCUCCCUCAACACCCACCAUCUUAUCCUCGUUCCAGCUGUCCUGUCCUGUCCUGCCCUGUCCUGUCCAGUCCUGCCCGAACUCGCCCGCCCCCGCCCCCGCCUUGCCCUGCCCGCCCGUUCGUCUCGUCUCGUCUCGUCUCGACUGGCCUGCCUCACGUUCUAGGUUUGCUCGCCUCGCCUCGCGUUCCUGUCCCCCCACAUUAGCCUCCGUGCCUGAAUCCGUUCGCCUACUUCUUCCCCGCGCAUCACUAGACAGCACCCGCCAAAAGCUUGCCGUUCUAUCCCAUACAGCUCCAGUGGCGCCCGAAAAGAGGCUGUGGCCUGAUCGGUGUCAUUCGUCGUCUCUGCCUCAGAAAUCAUCCCCCCCCCCCCACCCUUCCCGUAUCCCUCUCCACCUCCCAUCCUUCCCUCUGCUCUUCAUCCCUACCUGUGCCCAGCAGCUUUUUACCGCCUGUACGAUGACCUCCACCAACUAGCUUGCACAACAUCAUCACCACCCCUCCACCCCCUGCCCUCUCCUCUCUCUCCUGUUCUUGACUCGCCGCACGGGUCAUUUUUUGUCGUCUUCAGACCGCUUUCGAAUCGGUGGCUUGUUUGGCCUUAUACAUAACCGUCGCAUCUUCGACGUCAUUUAUUCUCCGUUCUCCCUGCCGUUGU